UCUCGUGCUGUGAGCUUCAAUCGCCGUCACGUUUAAAAGGCUCGCGGUAAUUGUAUACACAACCGCAGCGGAGGCGUUACGUGACAGCGUCAAUGACGUCAAGUGAGGCGGCCCAGGUGAGCGCGUCCAAUCAGAGUUUCCGAAACCAGGAAGGAAGAGUCACCCAUUGGAGACGGUUGGUUGCGACAACAUGAAGUCAACUUCCUCGUAGUGCAGUAACGCGGCGCCGUUUCUUUUUAAAUCUACAAGGACCAAAGUUCACGGAAGAGAAAAACCAAAAUUAAGAUGGGAUACAUGACAGUAGAGACAAACAGUCCCACUCUGCUCCACCUCAAGAGAUCUCCUGGUGUCCGCUCAUGGUCUCUUGUCGUCGGUAUAGCCUCGGCAGGGCUGGCGGCCGCGCACUACAGCUCGGACAGCGUCCCGUGGAAGCUCUUCUACGUCGCAGGCUGCCUGUUUGUGGCCCUUCAGAACAUGGAGGACUGGGAGGAGGCCGUGUUCGACAAGACCAGGAAGCUGGUAGAGCUCAAGACCAUCAGCCUGUAUGCUCUGGUGCUGACAAUGUGGAGGACAGGCCAGGAGAGAAUCGUGCUGGACCUGACGCAGCUCUGUGACAUUUGUGUCGAGGAGGAGAGGGUCCGAUACCUGGGGAAGGGUUAUCAUGUGAUGCUGAGGUUGGCAGCUGGCAUCUCCUACCCCCUCACCCAGAGUGCCACCAUGGGAGGACGUAGUGAUGUGGAGGCGGUGGCCUCAUUGUUGAAGCGCUUCCUGGGACUGGAUCAGACGCAGUGGAAGCAGCAGGAUUACGAAGACUACGGGGAGGACGACAGCGCGGACUCGGAUAAUGAGGCAGACUAACGCUAGACUAUAUGGAGCAUGCGUUCCCAGAGCAUCUCGGGGCGAAUUAAGUUAAGCCAUCAUGACAAUGCAAAGACAUUGCAGAGAAAGAGGCUCACAUUGCAGAGAAUUCCCUUGUUUUGUUUAUGCCUUUUACCCUAAAUUAUACUUCACACACUGUGGUUUCCGCAAAGAUUAUGCGUUCUGAACUAAUUACUGUUUAAGAGCACAAGUUAGAUUAUGGAUCUAGUGUUGCUCCCUGCUGAGAUAAUUGUUUGGGAGACAAUAGAAAGUACCUUUUCCCAUGGUUUUCUGGACUCACCCAGCUCAGAUCCACCUUCUCAGAUGUUCUCCUACACUGUGUCCAAGGAAUGCAUGUGCAAGUCAUAACCGAGCAUGAGGAACUGGUGAUACAAUUAAGUAUGUUGUGACUUCAUAUUGACGUUUAAAACGUUUUUGUGCGAACCAAAGACUAAAUCUCAGGUAACCUCAA